AGCGCGCGACGGGGCGCGCCGAGGGGGACCGUGGCUUCCCCGGGGGCCCGGCUGGGGCCGGCGCGCGGGGCCUGGGGCGGCGCUGGCUUGGGCCCCGCCUGGGGCAGGAUGGUCAACCUGGAGCCGGUGCACGCAGCUAUCAAGAUGAGCGGGGAUGUGGCCGAUUCCACUGACGCUCGGGGCUGUGUGCUUAGCCAGGUGGAGACAGGAAGUGAUCGGAAUGGCCUAGAUUUCAACAGGCAGAUUAAAACUGAGGACCUCAGCGACUCUCUGCAACAGGCCCUCACCCACCGGCCAUGCCACUUGGCACAGGGACCUGCCGUGAUGUCGGGGAACCAAAUGCCUGGGGACAUGACCUCCCUGCACCCUCUGCAGCAGCUGGUGCUGGUCCCCGGCCACUUACAGUCCGUGUCCCAGUUCCUGCUCUCUCAGACCCAGCCCGGACAGCAAGGUCUGCAGCCAAAUCUCCUUCCCUUUCCGCAGCAGCAAAGUCCUCUCCUCCUCCCGCAGACGGGGCCCGGCCUGGCGUCCCAGGCAGCUGCACGCCCUGGGCUGCCGGGGCCCUCUUUAGAGCCCCAUCUGGAAGCACCCCCGCACCUCCCCGGGCCCAAGCACCUCCCCGGCGCUGGAGGGGCCGAUGAGCCCAGUGACCUGGAGGAGCUGGAGAAGUUCGCCAAGACUUUCAAGCAGAGACGCAUUAAGCUGGGCUUCACCCAGGGAGAUGUGGGGCUGGCCAUGGGGAAGCUCUAUGGCAACGACUUCAGCCAGACGACCAUCUCGAGGUUCGAGGCCUUGAACCUGAGCUUCAAGAACAUGUGCAAGCUGAAACCGCUGCUGGAGAAGUGGCUCACGGACGCCGAGUCCUCUCCCUCAGACCCCUCUGUCAGCUCCCCCAGCUCCUACCCUACCCUCAGCGAAGUGUUCGGAAGGAAACGGAAGAAACGGACCAGCAUCGAGACCAACAUCCGCCUGACCCUGGAGAAGAGAUUUCAGGACAACCCCAAGCCCAGCUCCGAGGAGAUCUCUCUGAUCGCAGAGCAGCUGUCCAUGGAGAAGGAGGUGGUGCGGGUCUGGUUCUGCAACAGGCGCCAGAAGGAGAAGCGGAUCAACUGUCCGGUGGCCCCGCCCCUCAAGGCCCCCAUCUACAAUUCCCGCCUGGUCUCUCCCUCGGGCUCGCUGGGUGCCCUCCCUGUCCCUCCGGUCCACAACGCCCUGCCUGGAACAGUCACGUCAUCCUGUUCCCCUGGGAACCACAGCAGACCCUCGUCGCCCGGACUGGCCACCAGCAGCCCCCCGGCCUCGCAGAGCAACCCCAAGGCAGCCCUGAACUCACCCUCCAGUUUUAACUCUUCAGGAUCUUGGUACCGAUGGAAUCAUCCCACCUACCUCCACUAAGACCAAAGCAGUUUCUGCCAUGGCGCCCUGCCCCACACCCCCCCGGAAGGGAGGGCGCCCACCUGCUGUGUAUGGACAGAUCGUGUUCUGAGGAGUGGGCGUGAACCCCCACCCUCAGUGAACCCAACACUUGCCUUCUUCAGGAACGAGGGCCUCAGAAGAGCCAAGCUGUGACAGAACCACCACGCUCAGAGGCCCCAACGCUCUGGACAAACAUCCUCAUCCUCCCUGCCUCAGCCCUUGCCUUCUCCUCAGAGUCUUUCCCUGAGGCAGAGCCUUUCCUGAGAAA